AUGGGCACACAACCAAGGGAUCUCUUGGGACAGAUGGACUUCUACUACAGCAGCAAAAUUUGGGCAUCUGGAAAUUCUGAAGUGGACUCAGUCAGUGGUUGCGCAUGGGAUGCAAACACAUGCACAUUUGCAGCACGAAGUGGGAACUUGGAAAUAUUGAAAUGGGCACGAGACAAUGGCUGUCGCUGGAAUACAGCCACAUGUUUCGGUGCUGCUCAAAAUGGACAUGUUGAAGUGCUCAAAUGGGCUCAUGAAAAUGGCUGUCCAUGGGAUGCUCUUACAUGCUGCAAUGCUGCUGCAGCUGGUCACCUGGACUUGUUGAAAUGGGCUCAUGAGAAUGGCUGCCCUUGGGAUGAGCGCACAUGUGCUGAUGCUGCCAUUCGAGGACAACUAGACACAAUAAAGUGGGCUCAUGAGAAUGGUUGUCCCUGGAAUGGGACUACAUGCUCUAAUGCAGCAGAGCGCGGCCACCUGUUGAUUGUGAAGUGGGCUCACGAGAAUGGUUGCCCAUGGGAUGAGCAUACACGCUGGCGUGCUGCUAGAGCUGGUCAUGUCGAAAUAGUGAAGUGGGCACAUGAACAGGGGUGCCCUGGGGUUGAAGAAACUUGUGCUUGGGCUGCUGUUGGUGGCCAUUUGGAGGUGUUGAAGUGGGCCCACGAGAAUGGCUGUCCCUGGGAUGUCCGCACCUGCUGUGAUGCUGCUGCAGGUGGGUAUCUGGACGUGCUCAAGUGGGCUCAUGAGAAUGGAUGCCCAUGGGACGAAUUGACCUGUGUAAUGGCUGCUGGAGGUGGUCAUCUUGAAGUCCUAAAGUGGGCCCAUGAAAAUGGUUGUCCCUGGGAUGAAUCCACCUGUGCAGAGGCUGCAAAGUCUGGCCACCUUGUAACACUGAAAUGGGCCAGAAACAAUGGAUGUCCCUGGGAUGCACGAACACGGCAAUUGGCGGAACGAGGCGGUCAUCAGGCAGUUUUGCGAUGGGCAAUAGACAAUGGAUGCCCAUAG